AUGAAGUGCCAUCAGUUCUAUGAGCGAGAGUGCAGACCGUGUCCGGCCGGGUGGAUUCCUCAGGGAGAGAAAUGCUUCUCAUUCAGUCAGGACAGAGCCGACUGGAUCGGCAGCCAGUACCGCUGCAUGGCACUGGGGGGCGCUGUGGCCACGGUCGGGACAGAGGACGAGCAGCUCUUUCUGUGGCAAAAGGCCCAGAGUCUGAGCCAGGGAGACUCGUACUGGCUCGGCCUGAGGAGCAGCGGUGCUGACGGCGGCUGGCACUGGAGCGAUGGCUCCUCGGUGGAGAAGAGACCGCAGUUUUGGCAGCUCGAGCCCGAUACCACGGCCGACAGCAGGGAGCUGUGUGGUCGAAUCACCCCGGGAGGCGACUACAGGAGGGGCUGGCUCAUCUCCAGGUCCUCCAGCCAGCUGAGGAGGAUCUGGGAGAGGAGAGGAGAGGAGAGGAGAGGAUAAAAUUUGUUCUUCUCUUUUUUUUCUGUUGGUUAAUGUUAGCCAAUGUUAGCGUGUGACUGAAGAACGGACUCUAUCGUGCAGGUUUCCUUCCUUCCUGUUGGUCCUGGAAUAACCUCAGGCUUCCUCCUAUAUUCGAUGUGAUUGUAAAGGAGAUCACUAAGUUCUUGUGUGAAUUUGAAAACUCUACCACUGGAAAUUUGCUUCAGUCUCCAAAACACAUUGUGAUCAUUUCCCACUUUGGGUUCUUCGCCAGUCUCUCUGAGAAGCAAAGCGUCAACUCUAGCCAUGAGUGACCGCACUGACUGGCGGCUUUCAACUUGGAAGUCGUGGCAGAAUUCGGUCUUCAGCUGAGCAACUAUGUGAUAUAUAGAUGCUUUGAUAAACUGCUUUGCGAGAAAGGCCUUUAUUUUGUUCCUCAUUCUGUUCAAGCCCUGUUUGUCCUUCUGUUUGGAUUUUGGACUUUGACCUGCAGCAUAUCUCUUGUCAAAACUCGUAAACUUCUCAGCAAUGAACUGAGAAAUGUCAUCUGCUGCAGUUUUUAUCUCCAGAGAAGAUGCAGAUCGCAGCAGCUCAUACUCGGAGGCUGGCACAUCUUUCAGAAGAGGGGCUGUGAUUUCUGCAGGUUUUGGGAGCUCGACUCUGAUACCACGGCUGACAGCAGGGAACUGUGUGGUCGACUCACCCCGGGAGGCGACUACAGGAGGGGCUGGCUCAUCUCCAGAUCCUCCAGCCAGCUGAGGAGGAUCUGGGAGAGGAGAGGAGAGUGGAAAAUUAAACAAAUUUAAUAAAUGAUAGAAGAUAAAAAAGAAAACAACCCAUCCACCCUUCACCUCCCAACACAGAGACACACGAGGGGAAACGAGUGGGGGGGGGGGCUAAAUCACAUCAAGAGAAAUCAGAGGAAAUUUCCCAAGUUAAAACAACGUGAAAAUGCUUUUUAAAUGUGUUAACUGCAGAAAUAAAACGGCUUUUGGAUAGCAGGAAUCUAGCUCCACCGAUCCCCAUCUAACAAUCCACUACCGCCUAAUUAAUCCCUUAGGAUAUUUGGGUUUUACCGUAGCUUUACACAAUCAAGCAUAAAGAAUAAUCCAUUUAACUAUAAUUAUAAUGUUGAUAGAGAUUCAGAUGAAAUGCGCCAAACUGGAUUUCAGGUGUAAGUAGGCUGACUAAAAUGUGAAUUCUAAAAACUACAAUAAUAUACAGUAUAUUAGAUCUUGAUCUUAAUGAUACUACUUAAAUAAACACGGCUUAACUGGCUAUUGCUCUUAAAAUGUCAUCGUCAGCCUAGUAUUUCCAAGGUCAAGAAUCAACUCAGGUGAUAUAAUAACAUACAUUUUUUUUGUGGUGUCCAAACCAUUUUGUGUUUGUAUUAAACUACGUUCAUCACAAUCAUCAUCAGUAGAGUGAUUUUGAACAGUGGUUGAAUGUAACUUAACACAUUUACUCAAGUAGAUUUUGAGGUAUCUGUAUUUUACUUGAGUAUUUCGGUUUUUCUGCUACUUUAUAUUCUGCUCCAGUACAGUAGUACUCCAGCAGGUGACAGUGUUACCUUUUCAAAAUGACCUGCAGCA